AUGGCGUCUCUACUUGGGAAGAAAGUGUUUGAAAUAAAUGGUCAGGGUCCCCCUCCGACAAAAGAUUUUUUUCAGCUCACUGUCACUAAAACUGAGGUGAUAUGGAGAUCGUGGAAGAUUUCUUUGCGGAUUGAAUUCAAGGGAGCUGCACCUGGAGAAAAUAAGAUGACCCACGAUGACUUUUUGCAUGAUGCCCGCAUGCAGCAACAGGUAGGUGUGGUGUUUGGCCAGCAGAUCCUACAGUACACCCAAGCUCUGUGCCAAGGGAACUUUGACUACCUGGAGCGCCUGCCCAAUGACCUACUGCUCCAAAUCCUGGCCUUCCUGGAACUGAAAGACGUAGCACAGCUGGCACAGACCACAAAGAGGUUCCACAAGCUCUGCAACUCGCCAGAGUUCUGGGAACAGACUGUGAGGGGUCGCUGUGAUGAGCUCACACCUGACAUGGAGGCCUUAGCCAACGCCAUGGGCUGGAGGAAGAUAUUCUUUGCCUUCUUCAACACCAAAGAGCACCAGGAGUAUGCACAGGGAGGUAGCUAGACACUUAAGACAGUGUUACUCCUCUCAUAAUAAAGAUUUGAGGAAAUGUUACUUUCUCUGCCAGUAGCACAAGAGUUAUUUAUUUGUAUAGUGUGUUGUCUCUGUGUUUAAAAUGCACUAAUCGAUUGAUCUAUGUUACGUGAAUGUGUAUUUCAGGACUUUUUUAAUUCUCUCUGCAAAAACAAUAAGUGCCAAAAGUUGGUUUCUGUCAUUGCAUUUGAUUUCUAAUCCAGUAUGUUGAAUGCACUAUUUACAAGUAAAGCCAUAAUAUUACUGAAUUAAUGCAUGUUGCAAAGGAAUUGUUGAUGUGUUUAUUAAAUGAGAGUUUAUUUGCCAAACACAAGUUAUAUCAGUAUGCUACUCUCUGGGUGUGACUGUGGAUGAUGUUCUUCAGUUGAAAUUAUACUUGGUAGUG